CGCGGCCCGGAGCCGCCGCAGCACCACGUCGUCUACUUCCCGGGGGACGUGCAGAACUAUCACGAGGUCAUGUCAUGCCACCCAGAAAACUUUCAGUGGGAGCACUGGAGUUUUGAAAACGUUGCGACCAUACUUGCUCACCGGUUUCCGAAUAGCUUUAUCUGGGUUGUAAAGUGUUCUCGAAUGCACCUGCACAAAUUCAGUUGUUACGACAACUUUGUGGCAAGCAACAUGUUCGGAGCGCCAGAGCACAGCACCAGCUUUGGAGCUUUCAAGCACCUUCACGCGUUGCUAGCUAAUGCGUUCAGACUUGCUCAGAACGUGCUGUUGUCCCAGAAAAGCACGUACGGCCUCAACAAGCAGCUGGGCAGCCCCAGCCGCAGCCCGCCUACGGCAAACGGCUGCUCGUCCGUGGAAAGAGGGAGGGACGGUGAAUAUCCCAGUAACUCUGCUGUGAACCUCAGCGCUCCGUCUGCUGUAGGUGCAGUGUCCUUUACUUUGAUCGGCUUCAGCAAAGGCUGCGUGGUUUUGAACCAGCUGCUCUAUGAGCUGAAAGAAGCUAAAAAAGACAAGAAUACAGAUGCCUUCUUAAAAAACAUAAAAGCAAUUUACUGGUUGGAUGGUGGUCACUCUGGAGGAAGCAAUACUUGGGUUACUUACCCCGAAGUGCUGAAAGAACUUGCACAGACAGGAAUUGAGGUUCAUGCUCACGUUACACCAUACCAAGUGUUUGAUACGAUGAGAUCAUGGAUUGGGAGAGAGCAUGAGAAAUUUGUACGGAUACUUGAAGAACUGGGUGUAGAAAUAGAUGAUCAACUGCAUUUUGCAGAUGAAGUUCCCUCCUUAGAUAAUCAUUUCAGAGUUCAUGAAGUAUUUUGAGACUGUAUGUUUAUCUCUGUAUUCAUUGCAAAAGCACUUUUGACGCUGUAAAUCUUGAUUUACAACUGAGCAAACGCUCUCUGAAGAGUAAAACUAGAUCAGUUUUGUGUUCUUAGUAGAUACUGUGUAUAAAUUUCAGUGGCUUAAAGA